AUGUCUCUGAAAGAUAAAAUUUCCCGAAAUACAGCUUUGCUGGUAGUACUUUCCUUCGCGAUUAGUAGUGUGCUGUGUGAGGCACCCUAUCCUCCUAGCGGCUGGAGACCAGAUGGACCAUCCUUUGACCUUCCACAGAAACCCCAAAAGCAAGAAUAUCUGCCAGUUGACCCUCGGAGACCAACAAAUCCCAGCUUAGAUAAUGGUGUAGACGUUUCAGUCCAAGGAUUGCCAACGGUGGAACAGCAACCAAUUUUCCAAGUGUCACCAAUUAAUGGACAACUGUUUUCGGCGCCAAGUAUUAAUGCGGAUACACGCAAUUUGGACCCAAGCUUCAGACAGAUACAAUACCAGCAGCAACUGCAAAAAGCUCAAGAAUUCGCAAGACAAAGGGAAUUCGACGCCAAAGUGAGAAAUUCUAAUGGCCUACCAUCUCAACAGGUGCCCAGACAAUUCGUCCAAACUACAACUGUUAAACCAGAAUUUAAAACUGCAGAGCCAACAACCGAAACAUUCGACCUUAAUGAAGAAGAAGUAGAUCCUAAAGAGCAAAGAGAGAACGUUUCAGUAGAAGUGACAAAGCAGAAUGUCCAAGAAUACCCACCGGAAUUAUUUUUAAGUCCGCUGACGCAGUUGAAAUCGCCUCAGUUUGUUUCACUUGAACAAUUAGGACAAUUACGAGCUCCCCUUUACUACCAGCCAAUCCAGUCUUCGAACUUCCCAGGAUUCGACGGUCCGGCGCAUUUGUCCGCUCUACCAUCAGUUUUAGCUCAAAAACAACUUUUAGAACAACAAACCCAGCCACUCACCCAAAAUCCAAUCAUCGUGCAGGAACAAUUACGAGAACCUAUAAACCAAUAUCAACAAAUUAAUCAGUACCAACCUCAACUCCAAGCUUUCCCAUUCCAACCGCAACCUGUUGUGUACCAACCUCAAGCAAUCAGUCCAGCUCAGACAAACCAAUUUGCUCAGCCUCAAUACCAACCAGGUCAAGUUCCGCAACCGAAUCCAGAUGUAGAAAACAUUGAACCAACUGAACAACAAAGUCAAACGCAAGUUCCACAGUAUCAGACACCAGUUUUUAUACAGCCUCAAGCGCAGCCAGUCCAACCGAACCAAUUCAUCCAGCCCAGCUUUGCGCAGCCUAAUCCCUAUGCUCAGCCCAAUCAAUUUGUCCAGCCUAGCCAAGUUCAACCAAAUAUUUUUCCACAAGCAGGACAGUAUCAACCAAUUAUCCAACCCAAUCAAUACGCUCAACCCCAAUUCGUUCAGGCCUUUGAACAGCAACAAUCAGGAGUAGACCAACAAGCGCAGCAACCUCAAAUUAUCUAUCAAAAUGUUCAACCUCAGUAUUAUCAACCAAGCCAAUACCAAGAUCAGGCUCAAGCCAACCAGUACGAUAUCCAGAACCAAUAUCCGCAAGCACAAGGACAAGUCGCUUUACAAAGUGGGAUAAACGAUCUGCCAAACAAUGGAUUGGAUACAGAGGAACUCGAUGAAAACGAGGGAAAUAGAGCAACCGCGGUCGCUACUGCUUUUGGUACCAGAACUCAGCCCCGUGUUGUUCCAACUUACGGCGCUCCAGCUCCCGUGCCCGCUUAUCAAACAACCACGGAGUCCAAUGAGAGUGUAACCGAAGAUGGACCAGCUGUUGCGCAGGCCACCGCAGUAGCCACUGGCAGGAGAAAGAGUGCUAAGUUGAGGUAA